CCAACAGUUUCUCCCACAAUGAAACACAACGACAAGAUAACGUUUGCUGAAUUCCACCAGAAACUCUUAAAGUAUUGUUCCAACGGUGCUCAUUGUUCUGCGGAAGAGAAAGAUAUUCGUUUGCGCUUUGAACAGCUGAUUGUGCAAAGAGAUGCAUGCCUUGGACAGUUAGUUAAAAAGAGGGAAGACGAAAUGGUCUGUAACGAGGACAUCAGUGAUACAGAGCACCAGCUUGCGGAACUCGUGAAACGUUUGGAAAGCAUUGAAAAGAAAUGCAACGUUCUUUCACUAGAGCAGCUGUCGAUUGAUGCUGAAGAACGACCAGCUAAGCAAUUGUCUCGGCAGGAUGCCGUUGAACCGAUUGUAGCUGAUAACACCAAUCUAUUGAAUGAACAGAUGCUCAACAGAUUUCUGCGCAAGUAUUGUAAUAUUUAUGUUCAAUUCACCAAUUGCGAUGAUACAAUACGGGUGUUUUCCUUAGCGGAUAAUCAAUUUUAUGAAAUUAAUUUGAAAGGCAAAAACGAGUCUGAAUUGAGUGAAGAGAUUUGGUCUAGUUUCGCUGCCUCCAGUGUACAUUUGAAUGCUUGGGAAAGUAUGUUAUAAUGCUCCGCUUGAACUAUGCUGACGAAGAAAACCAUGUGCUGGGAGUAUUGGCAUUUACGAGCGGCGGAAGCUGCAGAUUAGAUAUCGCGUCGCUUGUAAACUGGGCGUGCGGAGAAGGAAAAAACACCGCACGCGGAAUGUCGGCAUCCUUGGAAUCGUUGGAAGGAUGAGGUGGAUCUUAACCUAUCAGA